AAGUCGACUUAAGCUCCUUUCCAUUUGGCGACACGAAGAAGAACCUUCCGAGAGUCGCCCACCUCUUCCUAUUUCUAGUGCCUAUUCUGUUAGAGUUCUUUUGUCACGUCAGCUAGCAUGUCCAACCAGCUUGUGCCUAGCGUAUAUACCUAUGUCAUCGACGAGGUCUGUGAAAAGGUUGCGCCAACCUUUGCUGAGAUGGGCGUGGGACAAAACGUCCUUGCCGAACUGCGUCAGACGUGGAAGCGUAAGAUUGCGAGUAUGCGAGUAGCCGAUUUUGAUUUCAAAGAAUCGUUCGAUGAUGGCUACGGGGUGUACGAUGGAGCUGGGGGCCAAUAUGGGACAGAGUAUUACGGAGGAGAUCAUAAUGAUUCUUCAUUUGCCGCUGCUGCUAACUUGGCAGCGCUGGCCUCGGGUGUGGGCGGAGACGGGACAGCUCCAGAUUCAUAUCAUAUCCCGCAAAAUGACGGCGCUGGCGAUGAGGCACAGGCAGAAACCUCGAAAGUGGUUGAAACGGCGCAACCAUCACAAAGGGAAAUAGAUGAAUUAGUACAGCGCUUGUGGCAGGAGCGGCAUCGCGCAGAGGGGGAGGCUGCAGAAGAACAGGGACGAGGUUCGCUUGCCAAGCAACGAAUCCGGCAGCUGGAUGGAGUUGAUGACGACGAUGAUGAAGAAGAUGAGGAUGAUAACGAAGACGGCAUCGGCUCCGAUCUUGACGACGAAGAUUCAGAGGACGAGACUGCGGAUGUGUCCCAUAUAAUUCUCUGCCAAUAUGAAAAGGUCAACCGCGUUAAAAACAAGUGGAAGUGUACACUAAAGGACGGUAUUAUCACCGUCAACGGAAGAGAUUAUGUCUUCAAUAAGGCGCAAGGCGAUUUUGAGUGGUAGUGAACUUUUUUUCCUUUCAUCUGUAAUACUUGCUUUGGCAGAACUGCCUCGUCAUUUGUGAUUGCAACUUGCAGUCAUUGUUUUGUAGAUAAAGUUUCAGGCGGCGUGUGUUUAAUAAAAGACCGUUUUUAAUACAGUUCUGUUUACCUGCA